UGAUGAAUGUUGAAUUAGUAACAAAGAAAAAUAAAAAUAAACCUCAUAUUUUCUCAUUAGGAUUUAGCCGUCUACCUUGUGCUGUUUUUGGUCAUGUUUGGCUUUAUUGUCUUUGUGUUAUUGUUUGGGGAAUCUCCAAGUUUAAGAAAUGGACCUAUUGGCAAACUACACUUUAUAUUAACUGAGAAAAUACCUAAAAUGAUAACUUGGAUCAUGUUGCAUACUAUUGGAAAACACAAUGUCGAUAGAUUCAAUAAGGCCUGGUUUUAUUGCUGUGAAAGUAGAAAUCCAUUCUUACAAAUCUUUUUUGUUUUAUUAUCAAGUGCAUCUAUUCUGUGCUUUCUGAAAUUUGCUAUGCCUCACUUUCCUGGACCUUAUUUACAUUGGAUUCACAAUGCCAUCAUUCCCAUUCAAAUCAUUUGGCUUUAUGUAUCCUAUUAUAUUGUCUGUACAGCCAAUCCAGGCAUUAUCACACCAAAGAACAUUAAGGCACAUUUAGACUAUUAUAAAUACGACCGUCUGAUUUAUGCUCCAAAGGAUUGCUCAACUUGUAAAUUACAAAAACCUGCUCGAUCCAAACAUUGUUCAAUGUGUAAAGCGUGUAUUGGAAGAUUAGAUCAUCACUGUGCCUGGAUUAAUGGUUGCGUCGGAGAGAACAAUCAACGUUAUUUCUUUAUGUUCUUAAUGACACUUGUUCAAUUCUGUGCCUACGGUGCCUACUUGUGUUUUCAGAUUUAUCGAGGCAUGAUUAUUGAAUGGGGCCUGGAUAAGGCUUACAUAUAUGACCCUUUAACUCAUCUAAAGACACCCAUCAGCUUUUAUAAAGCAUUUUUAUACAUACUGCAACAUGAUCGUAUCAUUGGCGCCAUUGGUAUAUUGGCAGCUGUAGUGUCUGUAGUCGUGUUUAUCUUUCUUGCUUAUCAGAUCUAUCUUGCUGGAAGAGGGAUUACAACAAACGAGGCAUUUAAAUGGGAAAUGAUAGAAGAUGCUAUUGACAGAGGAGAGCUUUUCAAGAUUGAAAAUAUAGAAAAAAGCGUUAAUGGUAAAAAUUACACAAUGCACACUAAUAGCCAAGGAGUACGAACGAGAGAAAGAAAAAUAGAGAGUUUGACAGAAAUAGAUAACAUAUAUGACAAAGGAUUCAUGAACAAUUUGUAUGAAGUGUUCUUUCCACCUCGAUUUUGAUUGGCUAUUGUUCUUUUAAUUCAAGCAUAAAUAAAC